CGAUGCGACCAUGGAGACUGAACGGAGCAACUGCAGGCCGAGUCCUUUGGACAACAAUAGCGAGUAGCUAGCUUUAUGAAGAUGACCGCUUUUCACCUGGCACAAAAUGAAAAAUAAAUAAAAACGAGUAAAAGUGGACUUUCUGCGGGAUUUUGGAGCAGCGCGUAAAACCUUCAGGAUUCCCCAUCGCAGCAUCAGUAUGAUUGACAGCUGUGAACUCCCUGCAGGCUCUCGCCCGCAAGGUUAAGGUCAUGUCCGGGAUCUUGUCUUGGGGUUCUGCGAGGACAAGGACGGGCACCGAUGACAUGAACCUUGAUACGACCGAGGAUGUUCUCAGCAAUGGCGCCUCCAUUGCUCCCGGGGAGCACCCGCCGACCAGCAACGACAGCACGUCCGACUUCUCCAGCGGUGAGAUCUCGCUCCCAGAAGUUUGCGUCACCACCAACUUUGAGGAGAACAUGAGCCACGAGGUCCACCAAGCCUACAGAAUAUUCUCCGGCUUUCUCCUGGAAAAGCACAAGGCAGUCGCCGGCCUGUUCCUCCACGCCGUCGGGCAUCAGGAGGCCCAGUGCGGCGUCGGUGGUGUCUGCGCUCCGGGUCACGGCCGGCUCAAGCAGUCCAUGUGCCUGCAGAGGAUGGAGGAGAAGUUUGUCGGCCAGGAGUAUCAGAGCAUAACCGAGUUUGUGGCUGACUUCCGGCUGAUGUUGGAGAACUGCUACCGGUACCACGGCGUGGACCACUGGCUCUCCAAACAGGCGCAAAAGCUGGAGGUUAUGUUAGAACAAAAGCUCACUCUACUUUCCAGGACCCUUCGUGAGAAGACCACUUUGGCGGUGACCUCCAAAGGGCGUUUUGGCGUGGACGAUGAGCGAGCCCAGGGGGUUACCUCGACAAGGAGGCGGUUGUCAUCCCGAAAUAUGGCGACUAUCGCUAUCGGUGGGCAGGAGUCUGUCAUGGUGCAGGCCCUCAGGAUGGAAGAGCAACACAGGGCGAAGGAGGAAAAGAAGCAACGUGAGCUAGAAAAAAGAGAAGCAGAAGAAGUGUCGGCCAAGGCGUUGGAGGAGUGGGAGCAGGCUCUGCUGUCGCAGGCGUCCCCCCACACCGUCGACACUCUGUGGGAACUUCCCGCCAUUGGCCACUUCCUGUGCCUGGCCCAGACUGUGCUCAACCUUCCCGAGAUUGUCUUCUUCGAGCUGGAGCGCUGCCUGCUCAUGCCGCGCUGCAGCAGCCUCCUGGCCAAAAUAAUGUCAUCCCUCCUGUCCCCGUGGCAGCAGCGGCCCACCUUGCACCGCCGGCCCGCUCUGCCGUAUCGGCGCUGGGAGGCGGAGCUCAGGUCGCGCGUCAAGGCCUGGUACCGCAGCGUCGGCGGUGCCCGCAAUCAGCCAACCCGGGCCCAGCAACUUGGACUUUGUCACCAGUUUUUCCUUCAUCUGGGCGAGGCGAGUCCCUUGGAGGAGAAGCCGUUCCACCUGUUGCCCUUCCGCCAGCGAGUGUGGCUUCUCAAGGGCUUGUGUGACCACGUGUACGAGACGCAGAAGGACGUUCAGGAUGCCGUGCUGGCCCAGCCCAUACACGAAUGCAGGGAGUCUAUUUUGGGCUACGACAGCAAGGAUAACGCCUACAUACAUUUCCCCCAUUUCUGCGGGGCGGACUUGAGAAUCUACCGCCAAAGUCCCAGUACACCACCGGCUUUUCCGUUCCCUUCAGCGUUGGUGAGACUGGUUGAAAAACACACUGAAGAUUCUGAGGAGGACGAGGAGGGAUAUCCUGGAAGUGCCGCUCAUGUUAAUGAUACCUCUGGUGAUUUGGAGAAGAAAUUAAAGGUUUUUACGAGGGAAAACGGGGAUGGACAGGAAAAACAUGAAGAAGGGUUUUGGCCUGUCUUGAAAAAAGAGAGGCCCGGGUCAUCAGAUGUAAAUUGUAGUGAUGAGUUAAACCAAAAGUGUCACACUAGGGAAUGUAUUAAACAAGAAACUGUAGACUUGGACUACCAAUGCACCACAAGAGAAGAGGACCUCUCCUUGCGCUCGGUGCACCCCAUUAAAGUCGAAACUGAUGAUCCUUGUCUGAAUGUAGGCGAACACACCUACACGGGUAGAUCACCCGCUCGUUCUGUGGACACCACACACUCAACAAGCAAAGUCUUGGGAAUCAAAUUCGACGGGCACCACCUGAACGCAAGACCCCGCCAAACAUCUCCCCGUUUGGAAUGUAGCAGAACUGUCAAGUCACCGCAUCGGGGCCGCACCUCCCCGUCGACUCGCUGUGAGCAAAAAUUCAGCGACGAACACCAGGUUACUGGGAGAAUGUGGUUGAAACAAAAAAAAUGUACGAAAAAGACGGCGUUGGGGCAGUCGCAGCAAUUGGACAACGUUCAGGCAGCUGAAACAUCGUUACAGGGAAAUACUGCAACCAUCCAGAGGAAAGAUAAAAGGAAAAAACAUAAAGAAGCAGGGAAAAAGAUUCAAGCCGCAAAGAGAAUAAAAGCUGAGCCUUCUGUUGAGCCGUCAUUUAAGUUGGUUUGCACCAGUCUGCAAGAGUUGCGAGAUCUUAUCAGCAAAACAGAGGAUGAGCUAGAUGAACUGGAGAGCACAAAAAAGAAGUUGGAUCGAUGGUACUCAAGAAAAGAAGCAGUGAAAGACCUCCACAGCACACUGAUCAGACUACUGAAUGAGCUCUCACCCUGGGAACCAAAACUUUUCAAAGCAUAUCAUAGAAACAGGCUUCGAUUGAAGAAGGAGUUUGACGAUUUCAAGAGACACCCGGAGUACAAUAAGUUUGCGCGGGAGGAGUGUGUGUCGUCAUCCUCAUCAGACGAAGAUGAGGAUGAAGAUAUGUCGUUGUUUGUUUGCCAACAAGGAUCAGAAGAUAAACUGGAACACGUGGUUCCCAGAGCUCUUUGGACCGGAGCAAACAGUGGGGACCUUGGAGCUGAAUCUAGUGGCGAGAGUUCGCCAGACUUCGGAAUUACCAACCACCAAAAACAUCCCGAAACUGGUGAACAAGUGUCAAAAGUUCAGGCUGACAGCAGUAACACCACUUUUGCCCCAAACAAUAGUCCAAAGUCUAAAUGUGAAAUGGUUAAGUCAAAGACCGACAGGGCCGUGGGAAACCCAGUCCACUCUUCAUCAACAUCCAAAUUGUGUGUGCUCCACCCGACCACUGGCCUGCCCAAAGGAUACACCCCAAUUCCCACCCUGCUUGCUAAGAGUGUGGGAAACAAAGUGACCUUAAUGAAGCGGCCUGUUGAUUACUCAGGGUUUAACAACACCGAUAGACAGAGCAAGGGAUGUUCAAACUCCGUGCCUACGUCCGCGGCGGCGAGCACAAAACCACAAACUGUUCAAUCCACUUCGCAACAUAACUCACUACAGACACAGGGGAAAUGUGCAAUUAGACAAAAAGGAAUGGUCACGGCGGCAGCAGCUCCUCUAACAACAGAUUUGGCUAAACAAAACCAGACUGUAUUGCAGAAUCCUCUCCAAGGGGUAUCUAAUCUUCCAGAGAGGCAUGAUCCCCUUGUCACGAAAGGGGAAAACAACUCACCCAAAAUGUUGACGCAACCUGGUCAGGACUACAGCAGACAGGAGAAGGUCAUGGAGCAGGUGGUUAUUCUGCCCUCUCAACAUGUCCUUCAAAAAUCUGAGGAUCGGUCAAAGGCACCCAUGCACUUGUCCACCAGUCUGGGUAGUUUCAUCAUUCCUGAGAAUGUUCCGCAAGUAGCUCGGCUGAAGGAUGCCAGGACAGUAAAGAUUCCUUCCCUUUCUUCCCCACCUAGUCAGCAGCACAGGACCGAAAGCAUGCCCGGGUUCCAGCUCACACCACGUUCACAACGACGCACUUCACAAACUAUUCAUCAAAAUCCUGCAUGUCCACCCUCCAUCAUGUCCACAACCGCUUUGGCCUCUACUGUGCCCCCUAAACUUCCAGACCAUAAACAAGAACUUAAGACAAUAUGCAUACGUGAUUCGCAGUCUAUCCUUGUGACGACAAGAGGUGGCAAUACGGGCAUUGUCAAAGUUCAGACAUCGUCUGCCCAGAAUCCAGUUGAAGGAUUGUCCACCAGUCCAAUCAUUACCAUUUCACCUCAGUUUCAAGCCUUCCUUGUGUCCAAGAAUGCAGAGGACUCUUCUCUCCAUUUAAAACAAAAUCAUUGUCCCGCUGCCACAGUAGCCAAUGUCUCUAUAACCCAACCUCAAAAGCAGAUUCCUUCAGUAUUAAAGUCCUCUACCAUCACAAAUCCUACUGGCCAAGAAAACAUGACUUUGGGAACACCUGUACCCUCAAUUCCAGUAUCCCACAAAUCAGACGGUUCUACGGUUACAAGAAACAUUUACAACCCUGCACAGACGGUGAAACGUUCUCUGGUUGUAAAAAGUACCGUUGACGGGAUUGCACACGCCGAGGUAGUUGGUCAGCCUGGUUUGAAGCGGCCCAGCACAGAAGAGCAACACAAAGUUACGAAAUUUAUCCUGGUUACGCCAUCCUCCUCCUGUCCCUCUGCCAUAGCUGUUCCAAAUCAGGCUCUUGGUUCAAGAGUCAUGGUCAUCAACCAAACCUCUGCAACGACGGCCUGUACCUCAGCGGGAAGUGUUCCAAAGCAGGCCAUGACAUCAGCGGAUAAUGGACAACGGAUAACUACGUCAUUAUCAAGUCAAUCUCUGAAAAUGGGAUUAAGCCCGGGUGUUGACUCACACGUGCUGUCAAAAGCAAAGAACAUCACACUCCCAAGAGGUCUUCAGAUCCAGUUGUCAGGGAUGACAACAACCAUUGGACAGACCAUUGGUGCACUGUCAAAUUGCAUUUCCGCGAGGACACCAGAAUCCGUCUCAGAGACGAGACAUUCUCCAGCAACCACAACCCAAUCGGCCCCAUUCACAAAGUCAAAUACUGUCAUCAGCUGUCUUAGCCAGCUUGACACCAAUACUACUCUGUCCAGAACCUCUCAAGCUUCCCAAUUAUGCUCUUUCAAAUCUACGACUGCUACUCAUUCUCCACAAAGUCUGCCCACAGGUUUAUUUACCAGCUGCUCUCUUGUACCCUCUUCCACGCAGGGCAACCCAGACCCAUCCUCUUUGGCCACCCUCACCCAUCAAUCCUCACAUGUACUGGCUAAAGACACAGCUGUAAUGAUGUCCCCACUUCAAAAACCUCUGAACAAAACACAAUCCCAUAUCUUCUCAGCAACCACCAACCGUACACAAUGUCUGAACCCCGCCAUGGUGACUAGCAAUACUCAACAGAGGAUAGUCAUCAACACCUCAAAACACCUUGUCGCUGGUACACAGAUCUUUCUUAAUAGUACCUGUUUUGUAGUUCCUCCCCAGGGCUUAGGCCCGGGUAGCCAUGUGCUCAUCGUCUCUAGCCCUUUUCCACAACAAGUGCCUAAUUCCAGUGCUGGGACUAUUGAAUCUGCAGCACCUUUGCAAGGAGUGAAUCAAGGCUCAACAAUCCUUGAUGGACCAAUUUUACCCAAGUCCCAAGCAGGGUUGCCCGGUGUCACACUCCUGAAUUUGCCUUUUGCAGUGUGCGACCCUACCGUCGGUCCAGCUGAUGUCCAGGGUUCAUCAUUAUUGCCCUCUAAUGCGACUCUUGUAUCUUCUCCUAGCUCACAGGUUUGUCCCUCUCUGCUCAAUGCCCCCCUUGAGUCAGCCAAAGAACCAGCUGAUGUAACUGGUCGCCUCAGCCUUGGUUCUGCACUUCUGCCCCCUCAAGCUCAAUGUCCCACAACUAUUUCACCUGUGAACGCAUCAGUUUUUCCCCAAUUGCAUCCUCCUUUAUCAUCUUUGCCCAGCCCAAUUGCUCCUUGCCACUCCUUCCCAGAGGUUUCAGCAACGACCGGAGACUCCCGUAUACAGCCGACCCCUACAUCUAGAGUCACAGGAUCCUCUAUUAUGCGUCUGGGCCAUCACGUCACCUCUUUGUCCAAACAGGGACCGUCGGUCAUUCAAGAAGUGUUCACAGACUCUACGCCAAGAAUCCAGAACCUACCGAUUGCAAGCACUACAGACAACUUGGAAACGUCAUGCGCGGUUACCUUAUCCCCGCCCCCCGCCGCAUUUCAACCAAUCACAAUGUUGACCGCAAACCGCAUCCACCAGUCCAUCGCCCUGACCGACCAGCCCCUGGUUAAGUUUUCCGUGCAGAAAUCCCCCUUUGGUGUGGGCAACAGCUUAGCAAACAAGCUGCUCAUCAGUCCCGACGGUGCCAUUUUGAGCUCGGUCCAGUGUGAGGCCAAAGCAGCUGCGCCGAAUAUGUACCCUAAAAAGACAGCAGUGAUUCUCACCCCCAGCACUUACAGCGGAUCUUGGCAUCACCAGCCGACACCAAGUCAACAAAAUAACUGAGACCAUGAGUCUGAAAUAUUUAUGCACUUGUUACUAAAUUUGCUCUACGGCUAUGAAGAAAAAUAGGGUCAGAAAAUGCUUUUUUUCUCAUUUGAUAACGACUGAUUGUACUGAAAGGUCUGCGUUUUGUACUUCAUGGCCAGUAAUGACAACUGGGAGUAAUGGAAGUUAAAUGGAGUUCAUGUUUUGUUGUUGUUGUAGCGCUUUAAAAGCCAACUGUUUGAUAAGGCUCAUUGUAACAACUCGCUACUACUUUAAAUGUUUCACGGAACAAAACCGUUCUGUCCCGUUUGUCCGUAAGUUUGGGAAAAACUACGUUUCGCGUUGUAGGAAAUGUAAAAAAAAUACCUCUUGUGCCACGUUUGAGCCCGUGUAAAAUGUUUUUUAAGUCACUUUGUAUUUAUUUUCUACCAUACUGAGUUAGCAACUCUUUGCUCGGUUCAUGGAACAAAUAAUGGAGGCGAAAGUGUGGAAAUAAACAAUGGAUCUGUGAGCA